AUGGACAAAGAUUGCGACAUGGUAUAUAAGAAUGUUUCUGACAUAUAUAAAUCUGAAGAAUUUAAGACCUACGACAACUUUGUUACAUUAGUUGCAAAAUGUGUAUGGCAGAUAAGAGAUAAAGAUAAAAGAUGUAAAAUAUGGAAUGAACAAAUAAGACCCGCUAUGUUUGAGAUGAAGAGAGCAAUUGACGCUUUAGUUGUUUUAGCAGGUAAGGUUUCAGAAUAUAACGCAAAAAUGAACCCGCAAUGUUCAAAAUGUAAAGCAGCAAUGAGGAGAUAUAACUACUCCGUCAAAGAGAUAGAAAGAAUGAGAAACGACUAUGCAGAUUUAAAGAAAGAAGCAGAGAAACCAGCAGAAAAUAAAAUGGACAUGUUAGCAUUUCUGAACAAAAACUAUCCAACUGCUGACGAUUUCCUUCUAUCUGACGUCAAGAAGAAGUAUAAAGAAACCUUCGGCAUAGUUAAAACAUUCGAUGUACUAAAAGAAGAAAUAGAAGCUACAAAACUGUUUAAAGUCUCACGAAUUCAUAACGUUUACCAUGUAAAACGCUUAUAA